AUGGACCCGUACAAGGCCGCGAACAUCCGGCUCACGAACCUCCUGUCAGGGGUUGGCAGCGGCGACGACGAGAUGUUUGAUCAAAUUUUGCGGGAGGAGGCGCCGUGGACGAAAGUGGGGUUCGCGCUGGGCUCGGGCGGGCUCGUGGCGGCGGGCGCGAGCCUGAUCUGCUUCCUCUGCGAGCUAGCGGGCCAGCGCGCCGACAUUCUCGGCGGGGCGACGCUCACGCUCGACAGCCUCGCGGCCGCUGCAGUGGGCCUCGUGGCGGGCAUCCCUCUCGCGGGGCUGCGCGCGGUGAUAUGGGGCCCGGACAUCCGCAGCCGCCUGUCCUCGGUCAACAAGAUGGUGGAGCUCGAGGAGGAGUACUACCAGCCCAUCCUGGCGGGCAUGAACGAUGUACAAGCCGCGAUCACUUUGACCUCUGAAGUGCUGCCCACGCUGCUCAUCCUGCUGCCGGCCGCGCAGUACGGCCUGACGUUCUCCUACGGCGUGUACUGCGAGCUCACCGCGCAGCUGGUGCACGCGAAGGACCUCGACGUCACAGCGACCUCGGAAACAUUGGCGCUGCUGACGACGGCGGCGCUGACGGCCAUCGGGCAGCUGGUGAACGGCAGCAUCAGCGAGGAGCAGAAGCAGACCGUCGACGACGCGCUCGAGAACGCCGACAGGUACUACCGGCUGAUGUGGAUGCAGCCGGGGCGGACGCAGGAGGACGCGCAGGACGCGCGGCGGGCGUUCGAGUACGUCGCGCGCACCUACGUCGACACGUGGCAGGAGGCCUCGCGGUUGUCCGCCAUGCUAGCCGCGGGCGAGGUCAUCUACCUGGGGCUCCUGUGGCGCGCCACGGGCGACCUGUGGGCGCCCUUCGUCGCCGCGAUGCUCCCGCACAUGGUCGACUUCUACUUCGUGCGGAAGCGCAUGGACACCGCGUCAGCCUAG